AUGCCUUUCCCGAGUAACCGUGUUGCUGUAAUCGGCGCAGGCAUUAGUGGUGUCGUUGCUGCAGCGCAUCUCAAGAAGGAGGGCAUUGAGGUCGUAGUCUUUGAGCGAUCUAGUGCUGCAGGAGGCAUAUGGCGUUACGACGAGCGAAAGCCCUUGGAGCCAUCAUAUUCAAGUGCGAGGCGUUCGAGAGCUGACAGUGUUCACGCAAGCGAAGACCUGGAAGAUGUCGAAAGCCUGCUUCAUGCGCCACCAGGUCCGUGUUACGUGGGCCUCAAGAACAACGUGAGUACACGUUUGUUAGAAACCACCUUGAACCAGUUUCCACCCGGGACCGAGGAUUAUGUAACGCACGAUGUCUUGUGCGACUACAUACAGGCUACUACUCUCUCAACGGGGGUGCAUGAGUUGACACAGUACGACACCGAUGUGAGAAGCGUCACCAAGAACGGUAGAUCAUGGACUGUCGAGACUGCGACUUUGCAGACCGAUGCGCAAGGUGUGUUAAGGCGACACGAAUCUUCCCAGAACUUUGAUGCUGUAGUAGUUGCAUCUGGUCAUUACCACGCGCCGAGGAUUCCUGAUACGCAUGGACUCGCAGACUGGAAACGACAAUUUGCCGACAGAGUACAGCACUCCAAACUUUAUCGAAAGCCCGAGAAUGCUCAUAACAAGAACUAUCUACUUGUCGGUGGGAGUGUGUCAGCAACGGAUAUCGCGCGCGAGCUCAGCCCGUAUGCAAACAAGAUCAUACAAAGCCAAAGGAACGGAAAAUUCGACCUGCCUCCAAGCAUGCUCCCAGAUAACGCGUACCGCGUCGAUGAGAUAGUAUCGUACGACGAACCACGAGUGAACACAUUAGCCUCACUGAAGGACACUCAGCCGAUUCCAGCUACCGUCACGCUGAAGUCAGGUGCAAAGAUCUGUGACAUUCAUCAUGUCAUACUUUGCACAGGUUACCACCUAACACUGCCUUUCCUAUCUCAGCUCACCUCGGACGAGACACCAGUCGAUCAGGCCGACGAUACGCUACUAGUGACAGACGGUACACAGUUUCACAAUCUGCACAAAGACAUCUUCUUCAUCAAUGAUCCAACGCUCGCCUUUGUCGGUGUGCCGUUCUUCACAGCGACGUUCACGUUGUUCGAAUUCCAAGCCAUGGUUGUUGCAAAGGUACUCUCGGGACAGGCAAAGCUUCCAAGCAAAGAUGCGAUGAGAUUAGAAUAUAAUGUCCGAGUUGAGACCAAGGGUUAUGGCAAGGCAUUUCAUAGUUUGAGAGACCAGGAAGCGAGCUAUGUUAAAGAACUCAUAGCUUGGGUAAACUCUGAUUUGGAAAAAGCAGGCAAAGAGCGACUGCGUGGGCAUUCUGAUAAAUGGCAUUCUGCGAAAGCAGAGCAGGUGGAGAGGAUGAAAGCUUUCUUUGCCAAUCCAGGCAUUGAACGGCAACUCGAAGCGACAUGUUUAUAG